CAAAAAAAUACACAUCCCUCUCUCUCUUCUCUUUUUGGCUUGGCUCUCUCUCUUCUCUGGGUGAUCUGGUCCAUUUCUUGCAAGCAGGAAUUUUUUUAUGGAGUUUUGAGCUAAGAUCGGCUCAAAGGAAUCGUUUCUUGUUUAACCAGGAAAGGUGAAGGAUGGACCAUGACGAGACAGGAUGCCAAGCUCCUCCAGAAGGUCCUAUUUUGUGUACAAACAAUUGUGGCUUCUUUGGAAGUGCAGCUACUAUGAACAUGUGUUCAAAGUGCCACAAGGAUAUGCUGUUAAAACAGGAACAGGCAAAUCUCGCUGCGUCAUCUAUUGGAAGUAUUGUGAAUGGAUCAUCAAGCAGCGAUGUUUUUGAAACUGUUAUUGCUGACAUCAUUGAUGUCCAAAACAAUGCAGUGGAGCCUAAGACCAUCACUGUGCAGCCAUCCUGUGCUUCAGGCUCAGGGGAGAGAGUUGAGGCAAAGCCAAAAGAGGGUCCAAACCGGUGCACCUCUUGCAAGAAAAGAGUUGGUUUAACAGGGUUCAAGUGUCGAUGCGGUAGCCUGUUUUGUGCAUCUCAUCGCUACUCAGAUAAACAUGACUGCCCAUUUGAUUAUCGUUCUGCUGCCCGUGAAGCAAUAGCAAAAGCCAACCCUGUUGUCAAGGCAGAGAAGCUUGAUAAAAUCUAAGUAUCUGAUGGAAUGACGUUUCGUGUUCUGAAAUAUGAUGCACAUUUUCAUCUUUGGGGCUUCUGAGAUGGCCGAGUAUCGAAUCAGUGCCCUCUUUUAAUUGUCAUCUUUGGGAAGAAGCAAGACAGUUUAGGACAUCUUGGCAGCAUGAACUCCGUAUCUUGUGACUGCCGAGAGUUUGUAUGUUGGCCCCAAUGUUUUAAGUCUUGAUCUAUGGUGGUUUGAAGAACUCUGUCAUGGUUAAGUUUGUAGUGUGCCAUCCUGUUUCAUAUGCCAUUUAUCUAAAACCAUUUCUGGAUUUUGUGGAGGCCGUCCAUGGAUGCUUAUGUGUACCUUUGUAAAUUUCAAUUAUGGCUUUGAUGGCAUUAUUUGCGUCCCUGAA